AUGGCAUCAAAAAAAGUUAAAGUUCCUCAACCUGAAACUGCAAUAGUAUCAGGCCCUCAGCCAAAAGAAGGAGAAUUAGUUUUUGGAGUUGCUCAUAUUUUUGCUUCCUUCAAUGAUACUUUUAUACAUGUUACUGAUUUAAGUGGAAGAGAAACUCUUGUGAGAAUUACAGGCGGUAUGAAAGUCAAGGCAGACAGAGAUGAGUCAAGCCCAUACGCAGCUAUGAUGGCAGCUCAAGAUGUUGCUGCUAGGUUAAAGGAAUUAGGAGUUACAGCUAUUCAUAUUAAAUUAAGAGCUUCUGGAGGAACAAAAUCAAAAACCCCAGGCCCAGGAGCCCAAUCAGCCUUAAGAGCUUUGGCCCGUUCAGGAUUAAAAAUCGGCAGAAUCGAAGAUGUUACACCAAUUCCAACUGAUUCAACCAGAAAAAAGUCCGGAAGAAGAGGAAGACGUUUGUAA